UACAGGCAGGGACACUAUGCUGGUGGGGACACUUCGCUGGUAGGGACACUUCAGGCUGAGGAGGAGGUUGGACACUACGCUGGCAGGGACACUUCGCUGGUAGGGACACUACGCUGGCAGGGACACUUCGCUGGUAGGGACACUUCAGGCUGAGGAGGAGGUUGGACACUAUGCUGGUGGGGACACUUCGCUGGUAGGGACACUUCAGGCUGAGGAGGAGGUUGGACACUAUGCUGGUGGGGACACUACGCUGGCAGGGACACUACGCUGGCAGGGACACUACGCUGGCAGGGACACUUCGCUGGCAGGGACACUUCGCUGGUAGGGACACUUCGCUGGUAGGGACACUUCAGGCUGAGGAGGAGGUUGGACACUAUGCUGGUGGGGACACUACGCUGGCAGGGACACUACGCUGGCAGGGACACUACGCUGGCAGGGACACUUCAGGCUGAGGAGGACGUUCCUCAUGUUUCAGUUGCAGGUCCUGCGUUGCCUCCCGGAUACAAACCGGAGUUGCUCUCCAGCUCGGAGGAUGACUUUGGCCCAGAGGAGGAUGUGGUGAUCAAGAGACGAAACAAGACGAGCAGCAGACACGGUCACGGUAGCGGGACGACCAAGGAUGGACCCACGGCAGAAAAACAACACAGAGUGGAAGAGGCGGUGAGUAGAAGGCUUGAGGAUGACGAUGAUGAUGAUGGUUUCUUCGGACCGGCUCUUCCUCCUGGGUUCUCAAAGCCACAGGCUUCACCAGAGAGGCCAGGUGUAUUGGGCCCAGCCUUACCCCCAGGAUUUCACAGACCGGCAUCUGAUGAUGAAGAUGAUGAUGGUGAGGAUGAUUUCCCUCGGCCAGCCCUGCCACCGGGCUACACAGCAGAACCCUCCAGCGGUGAUGAAGAGGAGGAUGAAGAGGUGAUCGGACCCAUGCCUGCUCUUGGUGCCAUCCGGGACUCUGUGGCUCUGGACAUCGAACGCAGAGCUCAGAAGAUGAAGGACAGACUGACAGGAGCAGAUAAUGAUCCAGGGGACGUGGUGCGAGAGACUUGGAUGACAGAGCUUCCUCCAACGCUGCAGCACAUCGGGCUGGGGGCCAGAACCUUCAAGAAGAGGGCUGGACCGGAGAGCAAGGACCGAUCCCUCUGGACCGACACCCCUGCUGACCGAGAACGCAAACUCAGGGAACGACUGGAGGGAAAGGAGAGUGAAGAAACAGAACCGGUCCCUCAACUGUCUCACAAAGAGUUACAGAUGGCUGAGAAAGUGUCCAAAUACAACGAAACCAAGCGUGGCGAGUCUCUGAUCAGUCUCCACGAGAAGCAGAUGAAGAAGAGGAAACUGGACGAGGGAGCCAAGCCGGUGGAGAGACGAGCGUUUGACAGGGACCAGGACUUGCAAGUCAACAAGUUUGAUGAGGCUCAGAAACAACGUCUGUUGAAGAAGUCCCAGGAGCUCAACACACGCUUCGGACACAGCAAGGAGAAAAUGUUCCUCUGAGACGAUCCACACACACAAUAGCUCAGGAUUGGACAUUUUUUUGGUCACCUGACCCAGUCAAUGAUUGACGGGAACGUUCCAGGUUGACUUUUUAUUGCAGUCCAACUACUCAGAUGAUCAGAACACAUUGUACUGAAUGUAAUCUGAGCAGAACAGGUCGUAAAGGUAAAACUUGUAUGUUUUUUGAUAAAAGUGUGAAUAUCAGUUUGAUAGUUCAAUUUUAUUCGUCACUCUUAUCCAGAGCGACUUAGUCCGUACGUGUUCUUACUUAUUAUUUAUCACAUACUGGUUUCCCCGUGGGAAUCGAACCCACGACCCUGGCGUUGAAAGCUCCAAUGCUCUAUAACCAACUGAGCCACACGGGACCUCCCUCAUUCUUUUAGUUCAUUAAAAGCUUCCGAUGCGCAGCUGUUUUUUUCUUCAUCUUAAUAGCAAAUCAUUUCUGGGGAACAGUUAAGGACAUUACUGUGAUUUGUUUUCAAUAAAAACACAACAAAAUAAAUGAGCAAAAA